AUGCUUUUCACGCACAGGCGACGAUGGUUUAGUGUCAUUGUUCUGACCUCGUUGAUUCUAACUUUCUUCCUCUUUAUGACCACAAUUGGACCCAAAAUCAACAGAGAUGCUGAAAUUGUGAUGUUGAACGAUGCAAAGGACUUUAAUGUGAUCGUUAUCGGUUCUGAAAUAGAUCCAGCUUCAAGAAAACCAGUCACAGAGACGAAGAGUACUAAAGGGAGCGAGGAUUCAAACAAGAAAAUUUGUAACGUGCCCAAGCUUGAUAAAGAUGCCGCGGAUGUCGCGAGGUUCUUCAAAAGUGAAACACCGACUCAUUGCUAUGCACAACCGAAUUGGGCUUUCAUUGACUCGAAUGGGCGUUUUGCCACCAUUCUCUCGAAAGCUACAUCGCUUUGCCAAGUGCAAGCGAUUCAGAGGCAAAGUGAUCAUGAAAUGACGUAUGGUCAAUGGAUUGAUAUACGCGUUGGUGAUCCGCUUCCAAGCGACUUCGUCAAAGUGAAUUGCUCACUAGGGGAGCAUAAUUGGGACGGCCUGUUGAUGUCAGUGGUUAGAAAUGAGAAAGCAGUCGAAAGAGCAAAGAAUCGAAAACAGCCGGCUGCGUGGUCGGAACUCGAUGUUUUCAUUCUUGGACACGAUUCGGCCUCACACAUGAUGUAUUUGAGAAAAUUGCCGAAAACCGUUGCUUACUUUGAGAAAAUUAUGGGUGGCGUGGUGUUUGAUGCUUACAACAUUGUUGGUGAUGGAACCGCCCGAGCUUUUGUACCGAUUCUUACCGGACAAACAGAAGAGGAGCUUCCGUUGACGAGACAGCAAUGGUUCUCAAAGUCUUAUUAUGUGGAUGAUGUCUAUCCAUUUAUAUGGAAAAACUUCUCUGAUGCUGGCUAUGUGACACUUUAUGGAGAAGAUGAAGCUCAAAUUGGAACUUUCACCUUCCGAAUGAAAGGAUUUAAGAAUCAACCAACUGACCACUACACGAGAACUUAUUUUCAAGAACACGAGAAACUUCAUGGAAGAACAAGGUGCAGCGGCUCGAGUCCAUUUUACGAGUCAUGGUUUCGAUAUAGCAAAGAAUUUAUGAAGACUUACAAAGAUUUUCCUCGAUUUUUGUUGAUGUUUAUGGGAACUUUUUCACAUAGUGACUAUAAUCGCCUUGGACAAGUUGAUGAUGCGAUGGUAAAGCAUUUAAAAGAAAUGCAUGAAGGUGGCUUUUUCGAUCGUGCAUUGGUGGUGAUGAUGGGCGACCAUGGAGCAAGAUUUGACGAGCUUCGGAACACUCAUCAAGGGCAACUCGAAGAACGUUUACCGUUUUUCGGAUUUGCAUUGCCGAAGAAAUUACGUGAGGGAAAGAUGAAGGCGGCUUGGGAGAAUCUUCUUCGGAACAAGGAAAUCUUGUCGACUCCAUUUGAUAUUCACGCGACUUUGAUGGACGUUCUCCACAUUCCAAGCGAACAAAAAUUGAAGGCUGUUCAAAAUGCAUCGAAAAGAUCAUUGUCACUAUUCCGACCAUUGCCACUUUCGAGAACCUGUGAACAGGCUGGCGUCGCGCCCCAUUGGUGCACUUGUCUUGACUGGGAAAAUAUCACAAAUCUAACAAGCACGAAAGAUUUGCUUCAACGGAUUGCUUUGGUCGUUGUGGAGACAAUUAACAACUUAACAAAGCCUCAUCGAGCUCUUUGUGCACCAUUGCAUUUGAAGGCGCUGAUACACGCUCAACGGAUGGUGCCUAAUGAAGCUUUGUUGAAGUUCAAGAAGACGAAAGAUUCGGAUCAAAUCGUGCCAGAUUUUUCGGGCACCAACACAUUGGGCAUUGUCUAUUAUCAACUCAAACUUAUAACAACGCCGGGUGAUGCCGAAUAUGAGAUUACUCUACGGCAUGAGCUUUCAUCCAACAAUCUUAUUGUCGAUCUCACUUCGAUCAGCCAUAUCAACAGAUAUGGUGAUCGCCCUCACUGCAUUAUUGAGAAAAACUAUUUUCUUGGUACUUACUGUGUUUGUUAUGAUAAAAUU